GGGAGAGAAGUAUGCGGGUGUGCGCGCGCAGGGGAGGCGGCGCCGGUGGCUGCCGUAUAUAUACCAGCAGCGGGCGGUGGUCACUCCGCUGGUGCCUUCUGUAGUAUCUAUUGUGUGUGUGUGUCACCCUCGGGCUGAACCCUUCACCAUGGCUGAUGACUGGCCCUCUUAUGGAACUGAUGAGAACAAAGAGUAUCGCUUCCGUAGCAUCUCUGGCAAGACUCUGCAUUUCCAGGUAAAGGCUGCCCAUGAUGCCCACGUCUCUUUCACCUCGGCAGGUGAAGAAACAGACCCCAUGCUGGAGAUUUUCAUUGGUGGUUGGGAAGGUGCUGCCUCAGCCGUCCGUUUCAAGAAAGGAGAUACCUCUGAUGACCUGGUAAAGGUGGACACCCCAGAUAUUCUGAGUGAGGAAGAGUUCAGAGAGUUUUGGAUUGCAUUUGACAAUGACGAAGUUCGUGUGGGCAAGGGUGGAGAAUGGGAGCCUUUCAUGCAAUGCACCAUUCCAGAACCUUUCCCAAUAACCCAUUAUGGUUACUCUACUGGCUGGGGUGCUAUUGGCUGGUGGCAGUUCCAUGAGGAAAAAAAAUUUACAACUGAAGAUUGUCUGACCUACAACUUUAUUCCUGUGUAUGGGAACACCUUUGAGUUCAGUGUUGCUUGUAACAAUGAUGCUCAUUUGGCACUGACAUCUGGACCAGAAGAGACUACCCCAAUGUAUGAAGUGUUCCUAGGAGGCUGGGAAAACCAGCACUCAGCCAUUCGCCUCAACAAAGGUGAAGAUAUGAUAAAGACAGACACUCCAGACAUAUUAUGCAGUGAUGAAGAGAGGAAGUUCUGGAUUUCCUUCAAGGAUGGACGUAUCAGGGUUGGCUACAAGGACACUGAUCCCUUCAUGGAAUGGACAGACCCAGAACCUUGGAAGGUAACCCACAUCGGCUACUGCACAGGGUGGGGUGCCACGGGCAAGUGGAGGUUUGAAUACUAGGUGCUUUGUGAGAGAACCAGAACAUGACAUUCGUUCAUGUUCCACAGUAGCUUAAUAAAAGAACAAAAGCU